AUGGAGGUCGCAUCUGCCGUCCGACUGCCUUCGCCUUCGCCAGAGCCCGAGGUCGAUGCGCAAGAUGUUCCGCGCAAACGCGAGCGCUCGCCGUACGAUGGACCGAGUGCUGGGCCAUCCAAGAGAAGUCGGAGAGAUGAGGAGGAUGACCAUCGCAACGGAGAAGCUAGCCAUCGCCCAGCGCCGAAGCCUACCACCGACGACCUACCCGAGGACGACUCGCGAUUGAAGCUCUUCCAGAAUGCCUUCAGCGCGAACCGGAAGCUGCCGAUUGACGACUCCAAGACACGUGCUGGAGGCGCGUACAUCCCACCCGCUCGCCUGCGCGAGAUGCAAAAGUCGAUUACGGACAAGAAGAGUGCAGAGUUCCAGCGCAUGGCUUGGGAGGCGCUCAAGAAGUCGAUCCAGGGUCUAAUCAACAAGACGAAUACCGCCAAUAUCAAGAUGAUUGUGCCUGAGCUGUUUUCCGAGAACCUGGUGCGUGGACGAGGCCUGUUCUGCAGAGCCAUCAUGAAGGCGCAGGCUGCCAGUUUGCCUUUUACUCCGAUUUACGCAACUAUGGUGGCCAUUGUGAACACCAAACUACCUCAGGUCGGCGAUUUGCUAGUUCGCCGUUUGAUCGUACAGUUCAGGAAGGGAUUCAGGAGGAAUGACAAGGCCGUUGCGCUGUCGAGUACCAUGUUCCUUUCCCACCUCGUCAAUACCCAGGUCGUCCAUGAAAUCCUCAUUGCGGAAAUCCUCCUGCUCCUGCUCAACAAGCCUUCUGACGAUUCUGUUGAAAUUGCUGUCGGCAUCAUGAAAGAGGUCGGCGCUUUCCUCGACGAGAUGAAACCUGCCAUCGCCAAUGCCAUUUUUGACCAGAUGCGCAACAUCCUCCACGAAGCCGACAUCGAUAAGCGCACACAAUACAUGAUCGAGGUGCUUUUUGAAGUUCGGCGCACAAAGUACAAGGACAACCCAGUUGUGAGGGAAGAGUUGGACCUUAUUGAGGAGGAGGACCAAAUUACUCACAACCAUACGCUUGAGGGUGACUUGAAGGUUGAGGAUGGCUUGAACAUUUUCAAGUUUGAUCCUGAUUACGAAGCCCAUGAGGAGGAGUAUGCAAAGAUCAAGGCAGAAAUUCUGGGUGAAGAAGAGGGCAGUGACGAUGAUGGAUACACGGAUGCGUCGUCCGAGGAUGAGGAAGAUGAGGAGAUCAAGGCUAUGGACGUCAAGGAUCAGACUAACGCGGAUCUUGUCAACUUGCGCCGAACAAUCUACCUAACCAUCAAGAGCAGUGGUGGAUUCGAAGAGUGUGUACACAAGCUGAUGCGAAUCAACUUGCCACAGGGUCUGGAGAAUGAGCUCACUACCAUGAUUGUAGAGUGCGCUAGCCAGGAGAGGACGUACGAGAAGUUCUACGGUAUGAUCGGAGAGCGGUUCUGCAAGCUGAAUCGGAUGUGGACAGACCUGUUCGAGGAAGCGUUUGCGCACUACUACGAGACCAUUCACCGUUUUGAGACGAACCGCCUGCGCAUCAUCGCCCAGUUCUUCGCCCAUUUGCUAGCAUCCGACGGUAUCGGCUGGCACGUCUUCCAAGUAGUGAAGAUGACGGAAGAGGACACGACUUCUAGUUCUCGUAUCUUUGUCAAGAUUCUUUUCGAGGAGCUUCUUGCCUCUCUUGGCCAGAAGGCAGUGGUUGAGCGCUUCAAGGACCCCAUGCUUCAGGACAGCCUCACUGGCAUCUUCCCCACAGAUGCGGACGACCAGAGCAAGACACGCUUCUCCAUCAACUUCUUCACUGCUAUUGGUAUGGGUGUGCUUACUGAGGGUAUGCGUGACUGGCUUAAGAACAGUGCGCCCAAGCCAAAGCCACUUCCCGAGCCAGAGAGUGAUUCAGAGGACGAUCGCAGUGUUUCAUCGCGGUCAAGCUACACCUCGAGUAGCUACUCUCGAUCACGAAGCCCUCCCUUCAGGCUCGCCGUCUCGCUCCCCACCCCCGCGCCGUCGAAGAUAUUCCUCGUCUCCUUCGCGAUCGCCAUCUCCACCACCAAGACGCAGACGCGAUUCAAGCAGCCCACCGCCAUCUAA